AUGGCAAAACUCAUUCUAAGAGAAAUAGAAUUCCAGGUGGGCUGCAGCUGCUGUUGUCUCAGGGGAGGGGGGAGAAAGGUGGCAAAAGGAAUCAUUGGCAAAGAAAAGUACAGGGAUCAGCAGCUGGUUUCACUACCCCUGUCCAACAUCUGGGUCAUCACAAAAAGCUCCCCUGAGGUGAUCUCAAGGAAGUGCUUAUGCUUAAAGGCUUCGGAAGUCCUUGUCCAAUCUAGUCCUACAAAGCCAUCUAGUCCUACAAAGAUGGCAGCAGAAAAAUAAAGCACUAUUUACAAUUACUAUUACAAUUCAUUAAAUACUCCAAAAGAAACAGAAACCUGAGUUUCUCGUAUGUACAUUACCAAAUUUUUUUUUGACUGCUCAAUGCCUAAAAAUAUUUAUAGAGGAGACCAGAAAAAAAGAGGAAAGGAAAAUGAUAACGAUGAGAACUAUACGGAUAAAAUAAUGUUCUAAUUUGCCCUGUUUCUCUCCAUUCUUACUAAUACGGUUAUUGCAAAAGUCAAAAUUAGCUUAAUCAUGACCCUUCUAAAUCAGUCCGUUGCUUCUAUAUAAGCACAAUGCUGUGGGAUUUUUAACUCCCUAACUUUUCAGAAAUUCCAAGUAGAUCCUAUUCUUUCCAGGCUAUGGUAUGGCAUUCAGUGUAUCUAUACCAUAAGUAAAUAAAAGUGUGUAAUUGUUGAGAGACAAUUCUCCAUGGAUUCCUCAUGUUCCAGCAUGGACCAAGCAAUGGACAUGUCUGAACAGCAAUCAUGCCUUAUAAGCUAGAGAUAAUAUAGCCCUCCAUAAAGAAUAAGAGAUGGAGACAACUCAAGGUAGUAAAGACAAAGCUUUUUCCUUCUCCUUUCUGG